CCCUUGGCUGGAGCUUGGAGAGGCAGAGAGGAAGGAGAGGGAAGCUGGAAUAGAGACACCGGCAGGUGCUGAGGAAGUCUGAUAUGGGAUAAGUGUCCAACAAGCAAAGUGGUCAGAGGAUGGUGUGAUGAAUGACCAAAAUUAAAGAGGAGUUUGCUUGUUUUUGGGGAUCAAAUUGGAGCGUUUACCUUUUUUAGCCACCUUCUUUUUCCUCUCUGUGAGGAAUCUCGCUCAUCCAUUCUUCUCCUUCCCACAUCGUCAAGCGCCAUGGAAACCGGGAGCCCCAGGAAGAUACAGUUCACUGUCCCCCUGCUGGACACCCACUUGGACCCAGAGGCAGCUGAACAAAUCAGAAGACGAAGACCCACACCUGCUACAUUAGUAGCAUCCAGUGAUCAGUCAUCACCAGAAAUAGACGAAGAUCGACUUCCAAAUCAGCUGUACAAGGCAGCCUUGUUGAAUUCUCCUCGACAACGACGGAAAGGACAAAAGGGAACACCGACAAUGAAAGAACUGCAGUUCCUGGUAGAGCACCACCUGUACAGACAGCAGCAGGGAGGUGGAGAUGAAUGCUCCUCAGAGAGCUGCUUGUCAGACCGACCCAGUCCUGACUCCGUUCCCACCGGAGAGGAGCUCCCACACGACGACGAGGCCACAGCAGAGGCCUUUGAGAAACUGCGCUGCCAAAUGGAAGAGUUCUCCAGGGAGAGUCUGUUAGAGGCUGAUGGUGGACUUGAAUGCCCCCUCUCUAAGGAGAAAGAUGUUAGCCCAACUGUGGCCAGCGCUGCAGAUUUAUCAUCGCAACGAGAGAAUACACAAGCAGGCACAAAAGCAGAAGCAUCCUGUGCAAAUCAGCCAACGCUGGAGAAGACGAAGAAAUGCAGCCUGGAGAAAGAGAAAUAGGAAAGCCUGUGCAGCUCUAUGUUGUUCACUCAGCUCCGGUAGCCCAACAAAAUGACAAAAGAUUGUCUGUGCAGAUUCACUUUUCAGAAACAUCAGGGCGUCUACAAACAGACCUUAGCUAUGAGAACAAGAAACAAUAUUUCUACGAUUAUUUUGUGAGAAACAUCUGUGUAAAGAGACAAUAUUGUGUGUUUUUACAGCUGUUUCUGCGCUGAUUUAAAGCUAGUGUACUGUGUGCAUAAAUCUGGGAGAGUGAUCUCAUGUCUCAUUUACACCAUCACAUUUUUUUCUUAAAACUUGAUUUUUCCCCUUGGGUGAUAACAUAAAGUUGGCUCAUUUUUGAAAGUAUCCAAAAGUUUCAUGUGACUUUAGCAUAUAUGGUUACAGCUUAGAGUAACAAAGCUGUGUCAGCACAUCAACUGGAUCUAAAAAAUGUAAAUUUGAAAUCCAACAUCAACGCACGUCUGUAAGUUGAUCUCUAGUCUUUAUUAACCAACAACCACUUUAACAUAUUUAACAUAACUCUUUUUGUUUGACAUGAGAAGUAACCAUCCACUAUUUAUAUGACACAUUUCAAUUUUGUCUCACACACAUCAUUCAUGACUGGGAUGUGUUUCCCCGUUUAUCAGACCACAAAUCUGCAAAUGAGGUGUGACAGCUUUGUGUUUUCCCAGUGUUUUUAUUCUCCUUGCACAUUGUCAAGAGUGUUAUGCUUGUAACUACGGUGAUUGUGUUGUGUUGCUUGUGAAUGUUUCUGAAUGACCAACAAGUCAGCGCUGUGCAUGAACGAGGCAAAAACCGAGCACAGGAACCGCUGCUGCAAACUUUUUGUUUUCACACCUUCUGCGUGGCUUUUGAGCUUUAAGGAUUUCAUCUUUGGUGUUGGACAGAAGUUUUAUUUGAAGCAAAAAAAGAAAAGAAACAAGUAGAAUAAGUAUUUCAUUAAAGAAAAUGACAUUUGGAUAUUUGUUGUGGGAAGAUUUUAGCAGACUGGCACAAAAUCAUGAAAUACAAAGGAAAAUAACUAGUUCAGCAAAUCCUAAAUAUUUUUCAUUUGAACUAAAAAUAUGUGAACUUUUCAUUUUGGCUUAUUAAAUUGGAUUUACAAAAAUCGAUGUGUGCAUCAGCAUCCAGCUUCAGUGAACAGUUUGCAUCUUUUCAGCAGUAAAAGCCAAUAUUUCUACAUAAAUCUGAAGCCUUCUUAUGAUGAAAUAUAAAAGAAAGCCCAUUUGUUGGGAACAUUUUAAUAAAAACUUUGAUUUUUAAAAUUUGAAGGUUCUCAGUCCUCCAGGUCAUGGUAAUCCAAACAAGUCCAGAUGAAAGCAACUGGACUUCUUUGGUUUUUCGAAGACAUUUCACUUCUUCCAGUUGCCUUCAUUUGAACCCUUUUGGAUUUUAAACUUAUUUUUAUUUUGGAUGUGUUUUCUGGUACAUAUUCAGAUGAAAAAUCAGCUUCUAGAGGAUGUGUUUGAGUUAAGUCAAGUUUACUGAAACAUUAAGAAUGGGAUAACGUUUUAGUUAAGUUCUAAUCUUAGACCUGUGGGUUUUUUGACUUUCUCCCUGUGUUUGCAUAGCUUUUCUAUGGUUUCCUUCACACAUGCUUGUAUGAACUGGUGAUUCUAAAUGGGCAGUGGGAGUAAGUGUGUAUGAAUCAGUGCAUGCACGAGUGUGUGUGUGUUUGUGUGUGUGUCCCUCCACCCACCUGAGUCCAGCUCCUCCAUUAUAUUUAUCAGGUUAAAUGAGGUGCAAAAGAGGAAAUAAUUUGAGUUGGGCUGAAAAAAGAAGCAGUUUUACUUUUUUAUGAAGUGGUUAUUUAUCAAGUAUCCAACUGACUGCAGAUUUAUGCUUGUUUACAGUAGGAGAGUGACACAGCAGAUGGUUGGCUGCUAAAUCCCAUGCUUGUAUGUGCAGCUGACGAGUCGAGUUCAUUACAGAGGAAUGUGCCUGCAGAUCGAUUUACAUAUUUUGGAUUAACAAGGGAAAACUCAUCUCCAGGGAGUCAACUGGCUCUCUCACUUUUGACCCACAGAUUCUUAUUUGAGAACCUGAUCAUUAAACCUCUAUUUGCCUGAAUGUAGUGAGGAUGUUUGGUCUCAAUCCAAAUGAAUUUCAAACAAAAACAACAUUUACCUACAGGGGCGGGACACACAUUGUAAUUUCUGCGUUCUCUUAAAGUUCUAGUUUUAUAUGUAUUAGAGAAAAUACAAAUGACCCACAGCAUUUCACUGUAAGUUACAGUAUGUGACAAUCCUUCCAUAAUUUUCACACCAUUCUUGUUUGAAAGAAACAAUAGAGAAAAAAGUCAAAAGAAGACAAAAUAGCUUCAGUGUUGAUGUCACAUGGUGAAAAGCUGAUUUCCUGGGUGCAGCAAUGUUCUUUUAACAGCUUUUUAAAUUUAUUUGUAGCAGUGUAUUAAUGAACAACUUAAUGUUUGUUGUGUUUUGAAUGGUGGUAGUGUACUUUCAAAGAAUCACACCUAGAGAGCUUCUGUUCCAGUUUUACUUGAACUUGAUAGACAGUUACCGGUACAUCUGUAAUCUAACUUUGUUUGAUACAAUAAAAUGUUUAAGUUGAA